AUGGAGCGUGUCAGCGGUCAGAGUUGCACUCGUAUGGCUUCCACUGAUGAGGUCGUAAGGAAGGCGGUAUCCUCGGAGUUCAAGGAAUUCGUCAAGUCUCGAGGGCUGGCAGGGGAAUUGAAGAGCCUCUUGCGGACGAGGCUUGUCCAAGAGUUUCGAAGGAGUGAGAGGAGACUUGAAGGCCAUAAGACGAUAAAGCUGAGCUUAAGGACGAAGGCUCUGGUCUCACUUAUUGGAGACUAUUUGAGGUGGACCAAGAAAGACCUCAGCCUCUCGGUUCUCCUGCCCGACUACGGCCUUUCCCCGUCGGAUAUGCUCGCGGAGGAGGACAUUAUGCAAGCCCUCGGGGUACCGGACUCUCAACUCGUCCUUGAUAAAGAGAAUCCUUUGCUAUUGAAUAUUGUCAAUGGAGUUAGCAAUACCAAAAGGGCGUCCGAAUCAGCGAGGUGGAGGACAAAAGCAACAGAACCACCUCACUCGUUGGAGCUUAGGAUAUGCGCCUCUAGCCAGACCGACUCUCCGGAGGCCUUCCUUACUCUAGAAGAGAAGCUGCGUGCACUCGAGGAUGUCGCGGCGGCUGCUUCUGCAGGCAACGAUGAGGAUCGUCAUAGACGAAUAGAAGAACGAAUGCUCCGAUAUAAACGUGAGUGUGACAACAGGGUGAGAGAGGAAGUAGAAGCUCAGGUGCAACGGAUAAGGUCCAUCGAGCUCCCCAACGCGAGACUGGAGGCUGCCGCGCAGUUGCGAGCUGAACAGCGGACGGCUCGAGAGGAGCUCGAGCGAGAGGCUAAGGAACGGGAAGCGAGGUUCAAACUUGUUGAACAAAGAACAUUGGAGAGAUUGCGGCUGAAAGAGUCCGAGCUUGAUAGGAGGGCGGUCUCGUCAAGAGAGACACUCCUCCGGGAUCUCGAGAUCGAACGAGCUGGCGUACGGGAGAAGGCCCGCGCAUUGGCUGCUCGAGAGAACGAACUUGCUCAUUGGGAGAAGAGGAUUGAGGGGAAUAGACAGGAUAUUCAGGAAAGGGAGGAGAAACUCCGUACUCUACGACAGCAGUUUGAAGAUCUUAAGAAUAAAGAGGUGGAGCUCGCUACUCUGAAAAUAAAAGCUGAAAUGGAAACUGAUCGGAGAGCUUUGAUUGAGCAGCAAAAUGAAGUCGACAAAUUGAGAGCUUGUCUGGAAACGGAGGAGGUUCGUCUGGGGGCAGUACACGAUACACAUCUGAGUACGGGGCAGCAGCUCUUGACCGCCGAGCGGGAAAGGGACGCCCUCGCAGUUCAAGUAGAGCAGUUGCAGGAAUCACUUGCAGAAGCUCGGAGACAGAGUCGGCUGUUGGAGGCUACGAUCGAGAAUGAUCGAAGGGCUGUUGAGAAAAUGGAGCACGAGUUGUCGAUGACGAAAAUCAGACUGGAGAAGAGCAACGAGCAGCACGCUGAGUUCGAUCGCUUGAGAAAACGAGAGGUCGAACUUGAGAGGCGCGAGAUUUCAGCGAAGGAUCGGCUUUUAAGGGAGCUAGAAUCAGAACGAGAAUCUUUCAAGGAGAAGCUGAGAGGGGUGGAGGAGCGUGAAGCUGAGCUGCAGUCGAAGGCUCAUGAGAUGAAGUACCAAGUCGAUGCAGUAGAGGAAUGGAGGAAACAGCUUGCAGCGGAGAAGCAACGAGAGGUGGAGUCGGUUCGUGCUGAGCUGAGAGCCGAAGCGGAGGCUGAGAAGCGGCAGGCGAGGGAGAGUUUGGAGGAGGUCCAGAGGGAAAAGACUAAGCUCGAGGCCUGGAAGGCUCGUCUACAGAGUGUCCAAACGGCUCAGCUAGCGGCUAAUGAUCACUUGGCUCAGGCGGAGGAGGAAAGGCAAGCUAUGCUGGAUAGGAUAGAUAUGCUCGAGCUACAGCUACGCAUAGAGAGGGGGCGAGGGUCGCUACCAGAGGAAGUUCAUCGUGUUGCGUACUCGGAGUCGAUCAGCUGGUCUGGUACUCCGCCGAUCGAGGCAACAUCGAAAGUUGAGAGGGGAGAAGGGGCUCGGAUGGAGUUGUUGGGACGGGUGGCGGAGCCUCGCGUACGGACAGAUCCCACUGAGGUGGUUCAGGAUGCCAAACAGCGUGAGGGAGGGAAGGAGAAAGGGGCGGAGAGCUCCCCCAGCUCUACUGGCAGCUUUCAAAUGGUCGACAAUGCGGAACCUCAGACUGUGGUGUCAACUGCCUGUUUGAGAGUGAGCGAAGGACAGGAGGUUGAGGAGCCCAGGGAGGAAGUGUCUGUCGGCGCCCGAGAUUCGAAGCCUGGCUCGGAUGCUACGCCCGAUGCUGGUGGCGAUGUGCGGAAGGUUAUGGAAUCGAAUCCACUGGCUGCGGCUGCUCUUGAAGAGGACGAUGACGAAGUCGUGGAAGAGAAUAUAGUGAUUGCGAGUUCGCCUGGCGAUGCGACAAUCGAGUCGAUUGGGCUUUCCUCUGAUGCUUCUCUCAGCAAUAAGGGUGAUACUAUUGAGGCUGGCUCAGAGGGAGUUCGGGAUGAACCAUCGGCGCACACGGAGAAAAAGUCUUUGGCGGGAGAUCAUGAUGGUGGAGGGCAGAACGACUUACAUAAUGAGCGUCCUAUUGCAGAGGAGGAGCCUGGCGAUUGGGACUCGGAUGAAUUCGCGAGUCAUCAAGAUUCAGAAUUGGUCGACUAUGAUUGGUGA